AUGUCAGAUCCUCGCAAACACUCCAAGGCUCACGUUCGGGCUGCAGUACCCUCAGAAAUGGACGACGUUGCGCGUGUCCUUACUCGUGCCUUCGUAAAUGACCCGGCGAUGAACUGGUAUGGGUGUGUCAGGGAGCUGGUGAAGGAUCUGGACCGUCCGACGCCCUCGGAGCGGAAGACUAUUAGGAACCUAAACUGGUUCCAGAUUGCCCUCACCAGAGCAACUCUUCUUGUGGGCGGUUUCAUAGACGUUGUUGUGGUCCCUUCCGAGAGCGAUUUUAGAGAAGAGAAUAUCGUGGCGGUCGGGAUUUGGUUGCCCCCUGGGGAGACUCUGGAUCUCCCGCCCAUGACAUUCCUUCGGGCGGGCCUACUGAAGAGAAUGGUUCUAGACUUCACUCCCGCAGUUGAACGUGCCCUCGAAACAGCUUUCAAGGCUCGUGGGCGGGAUCGCCUGGACUCUUGGUAUUUGUUCGAGAUGGUAGUCGAUCCAGCUCACCAAGGGAAAGGAUAUGCUUCCAUGUUGAUGGAGGCGGGAUUUCAACGGACGACGCCAAAACCAGUUCACUUGGAGGCUACGAAAGCAAGCACGCGCGAUAUCUACGCACAUUUUGGGUUUGAGGUGAAUGAGGAACACCAGUUCGGAGUUGGCGCAGUGGACAAGAACGGCCUCACGGCUCGCGGAGAAGCCGCCGCUGGAUAUCCAGAAUGGGUCAUGACGAAGUGGGAGACAUGA